AUGAAGACCUUCAGCCUCAUCCAAGUUGUCCUAGCACUCGCCUUCGCCUCAGUAAGCACAGCACAAAGUUGCGUCCAAUCAUGCGUGCUCAGAUGCCGAGAGGAACAGAAAGUUGUACGACCUCUUUCCUGCUAUUUACUCACACCCUAUCUCUAUUUAUAAGUCUCCUUUCUAUCCUUUUGCCUACGGAACUGACCAGAAAAAAUCUAGCCUGGGCCAAAAAGCUCCUGUGAACCAGGUGCGGUCGUUUGUGAUUGUGUCUAGAUAACUUUGGUUAUCUUUUUCGUGUGUAUUGGCGGGGUGGCUUAGGAUAAGGGGGGAUGGGUAGAUAGACUUCAUGGUUGAAAGCUGUGGAUAAGACAUGAAUUUACACACACCCACGCUCACGCAUUUAUUUACUUUACGGGUACUACCGCGGAACCUGAAUCUUUUGCAUGCUUUCACGUGAUCACGCUCAAAAAUCAUUCGCGUCUUUUCAGCCCCCCACAUUCCUCGGGUCUCAGCAUACCUACUACCCUCGCGGUGGACAGAAAAAGUGGCGGUUCAUCUAUAGGUCCGUGCAUAAUAAGCGAUGACUUUCUAUAUACAAAUAUAACCCCUUAGGUACGCUAAAAAACGCUCAACAUGCCUAUAUUAAUCAGAAGCUCAGGGAUCAUAUUAGAAAGGAAGGAAAGAUAACUAAGUUAGGUAUCGAAAACAUCUUUACGUAAUAGAAAAAGUAAGUGCUUUUACUUCAGAGUAAUUAUUACGACUUUCAUUAAAAGCUGUGCACGGACCAGGGUGUGUUCCGCCACUUAUUCUGUCCACAACUGUAGAAACACAACCCCUCCAUUUUCUCUAACCCAACUCCAGUCUAUUGCAAAUUAUUCUUCCAAUCAAAUCACCAUCAACCCAAUCAAAACAACCCUAUCAUUACCUACCGCCAUGAACGUCCCAACUGCAUCAGGAACCAGGAUACCAUUCACCGGACAAUUCCCAACAACCCAUUUCCCAUUCUCAGAAUUCCCUCCAGAAAUCAGAAACCUCAUCUACAAAUUGACGUUCAUCCUUUCCCGCCACCGCAGUCUAGAGUACAACAUCCCGGAUUUCCUCGUCCAUGGCGAUAAAAAAGCGGAUGGUGUCCGUGGCGGGAUCCGCUGGAUGAACGUCGAUAGAUUCCCGCUUCUCUUAACGUGUAAGAAGAUCUUCAAUGAGGCGCUUCCUAUGAUCGCUGCGGAGGCGUAUAUGGAGAUUAAAUGCUACGCGGAUGAGUACAUCAAAAGGCGAGAGAAGAAGGCGUUUGCUACUUAUGCUACCCUGUUGAGGACGCGGGAGUUGUGUGGGGGCGUGAGGAAGGUGGUUAUGAAUGUCACGCCUAACAACUGGGAUGUUGACUUUGAGGAAGAGCCGACGCAGUUACCCCGACUUGCGGGCCUGCUCAAGGAUUACAAGAGGUUGAGCGAGUUGACCAUUGUGAUUCAGCCUUCUGUUAUGGUGCCUGAUAACUGGGAGGCGCUGGGGGAUUUCUUUCGCAUGGCGAAUAAGAAGGAAAAGGGGGUUAGUUUGUGUUUUGAGCUGGUGGAUGAUGAGAUAGAUCUGCUUCAGGAUGAUCCUGAGGAUGUGGAGGAGAUUAUGGAGGAGAGGAGUGCGGCGGAGAAGAUUAUUGAAGAGAUGACGGAGAGGUUUUGUGGGAAGGGUGCUGAGGUUUGUUGACUUCCCUUUUUUAAUUGAUUGAUGGUUUUUGAUAUGAUACUGACUGGGUUGAUAUAUAGGUAUGGGUUGAAUGGAACCUUAAAGAACCGGUUGAGUAUAUCUAAAGCACUUAUUCCAACCUGAAAAACUCCCUUCACGGGACAUAGUACCAGAGCUAAGCUACUGGCCAAAGGACUGCAAGUUCAAAAAAUGGGGUGGAACGUGAGUUUCUUUCUGGAAACCCCAAGUCCGGCUGUAAUAUCACGAUACGCUUUUCAUCUGUACCUCACCCCAAACAGCAUCAAAACAAGUUUUCUCAGUGCGUUUUACAGUAGUAUAGAGUUGAAUCUGCAUGGAGUCUAACAAAAGCAAUAAUAACUAGCGAUCAAAUAUCUAAGAUUACAAGGUCUCAUCAUAUCGUUGCUGGGCACUUCUCGUUUUGUCCUAUAUACCUAGCAACAAAGUAGAAUGUCG